GGCGGGCGGAAAAGAAAAAUGAGAGCAAGAGGGAAAGAAAAACAGAAGCAGAUUCAAUGAGACUUCACUGUGGAGAGGAGGAGUGUGUUUGUGUGUGCUCUAUCCUCUCUCUCUCUCUCUGCGCGAGCGUGUUUAAGCGUGUGCAUCUCUUCUGGCUCCACUGUCGUUCACUGGCUCCAUGGAUGAGCUGGGAAGAGGAGGGAGAGCGGAAUCAGCGGAUGCGUCUGGCCAGAGGAGAACGGGAGGACUUUGAUCGGCAUGCGCGACAAACUGGCGGCGCUGAUCAUCAGCGGCUCUAUCUCCAUCCCUCCCUUCCCCCCCUCUCUCCCCUUCUCUCCCUUUCUCUCUCACGUGCACACACACUCACACACAGGCUGGAUGUCAUCUCGCUAGGCUGAACAAGAGGUGUCUGUGUAUUGGGGCGUCCUUGGCUGUGGGACCGGAGGGGUCAUGAUGGACCUAAAGGAGAGUUGUGGCAGUGAGGGGAGCCAUGAGAGCUCCAGUCAGCACCCGUCCUCCUGGCAGGCCUUCUCCCACACCAGCACGCUCCACGGCCUGCGCUUCAUCUUCCCCUACGGCCGGCCAACACCUCGCCGCCUGCUGUGGGCCGCCGCGCUACUGGCCUGUCUGGGCCUCCUGGCCCUGGAAAGUGCCGAGCGCCUGGCCUACUUCCUCUCCUACCCCCAUGUGACGAGCGUGGAUGCCGUGAUGUCGGGCAGCUUGGUGUUCCCUGCCGUCACCGUGUGCAACCUCAACGCCUACCGCUUCAGCCGCCUGUCCCGCAAUGACCUGUACCACGCUGGGGAGCUGCUGGCCCUGCUGGACGUCCAUCUGAGGAUCCCUGAGCCCCAGCUGGCCGAGCCCCACGUCCUGGCCUUCCUCACAGACAAGGCCAACUUCACCGCCUACAGGCCCAAGCCCUUCAGCAUGCGUGAGUUCACCGAGAGGGUGGGCCACGACCUUAAGGAGAUGAUGCUCUACUGCCGAUACCAAGGCCAGGAGUGCAGCCACAAAGACUUCAAAAUCGUGUGCUGGAGGGCAGGCCGUGUGCCCCCGGUGAUGCGUUGGGCAGACGGCACCACCCUCUGGAGAGCCCUGCGGUUGCGGGGAGGUAUGAGCAAAAUGCAGAGUCACGGCUCCUCCUCUGCAGUGCAGGGGCGGUUCCUCCUGCAGGCAGAGGAGGGUCGUUAG